AUGAGCACACAUAGUUCACAUCAACGAACACAAAAAGGAAAGAACUCAUUUAAAAGUAUGGAGUGCGGAAAGAGCUUCUCUUUCAGUGCAAAACUUAGAACACACCUGCGGACUCACACAGAGAGAAAACGUUUUAAGUGCAGGGAGUGUGGGAAGAACUUCAGUCAGAGUGGACACCUUACACAACAUCAACGGACUCACACAGGGGAGAAACCGUUUCAGUGUAUGGAGUGUGAAAAGAGCUUUAGUGAUAGUGGAAGCCUUAGGAACCAUCAACGGACUCACACAGGGGAGAAACCAUAUAAAUGCAUGGAGUGUGGAAAGAGCUUCAGUUAUAGUGGAAACCUUAGAUCACAUCAAUGGACUCACACAGGGGAGAAACCAUAUGAAUGUCUGGAGUGUGGAAAGAGCUUUAAUGGUAGUGGAAACCUUAGAAGACAUCAACGGACUCACACAGGGGAGAAGCCAUUUACAUGCAUAGAGUGUGGAAAGAGCUUCAGUCAGAGUGCAGAUCUUAGAUCACACCAACGGACUCACACAGGGGAGAAACCAUAUAAAUGUAUGGAAUGUGGAAAGUGUUUUCGUGAUAGUGGAAGCCUUAGAUCACAUCAACGGGCUCACACAGGGGAGAAACCAUUUCAAUGUAUGGAGUGUGUAAAGUGUUUUCGUGAUCGUGGAAGCCUUAUAUCACAUCAACGGGCUCACACAGGGGAGAAACCAUUUCAAUGUAUGGAGUGUGGAAAGAGUUUUAGUGAUAGUGGAAGCCUUAGAUCACAUCAACGGGCUCACACAGGGGAGAAACCAUAUGAAUGUAUGGAAUGUGGGAAGAGCUUCAGUCAGAGUGGAACACUUAAAAAACAUCAACAGACUCACACAGGGGAAAAACCAUUUAAAUGCAUGGAGUGUGGAAAGGACUUCAGUCAGAGUGGAACACUUAAAAAACAUCAACAGACUCACACAGGGGAGAAACCAUUUCAAUGUAUAGAGUGUGGAAAGAGUUUCCGUUGUAAUACAAGCCUUAGAUCACAUCAACAGACUCAUACAGGGGAGAAACCAUUUAAAUGUAUCGAGUGUGGAAAGAGCUAUAGUAUUAGUGGAAGCCUUAGAUACCAUCAAUGGACUCACACAGGGGAGGAACCAUAUAAAUGUAUAGAGUGUGGAAAGAGUUUCCGUUGUAAUACAAGCCUUCGAACACACCAACGGAGACACACAGGGGAGAAACCAUUUCAAUGUAUGGAGUGUGAAAAGAGUUUUAGUAAUAGUGGAAGCCUUAGAAGACAUCAACAGACUCACACAGGGAUGAAACCAUAUAAAUGUAUGGAAUGUGGAAAGAACUUCAGUCAGAAAGCAGACCUUAAAAAACAUCAACGGAUUCACACAGGGGAGAAACCAUAUGAAUGUAUGGCGUGUGGAAAGAGCUUCAGUCAGAGUGCAAACCUUAGAUCACAUCAACGAAGUCACACGGGAUAA